UACUUUGGGGGCGGCGAGCCUGGCGUCCCCGCAAGCGAAGGGAACGAUCUCGAGCAUCAACUGGGACCCUCGACACGGAUAUAGAAGCCGUCGGACGAGGUCGAACGGCCUUCCGCUACUCUGCUCGGCGUUUAUGGGUCCUCACUCUUCACCUUAGCACAAUCGGUGGGUCUCACACGGAUGCCACCUAGUUAAAACGAGCCACGUGGUCUGUUAAAGAUUACAUUUCUAAUGUAGGGGUUUCUUGGUUUUACCUACGGGUUGCGGAGAUCUGGGGGGCUGGGAGGGUAGCUGAUGCUUCUCUGUUUGCGUCACCAGUUUCUCAUAAUGACUCCAACUCUGGAAGUUGAGACUAAGCCUGCUGACUUGAAACUUUCUCAUCCACCUCUCAAUGAAAGAAUACUUUCAUCAAUGACUAGAAGAUUUAUUGCUGCACAUCCUUGGCAUGAUCUUGAAAUUGGUCCGGGUGCCCCUACAGUUUUCAACUGUGUGGUGGAAAUAGGAAAGGGAAGCAAAGUGAAAUAUGAAUUAGACAAGAAAACUGGGCUGAUAAAGGUGGACCGUGUGCUUUAUUCUUCGGUGGUGUAUCCUCACAAUUAUGGGUUCAUCCCACGCACUCUUUGUGAAGAUAGUGAUCCUAUGGAUGUCUUGGUCAUCAUGCAGGAACCAGUACUCCCAGGGUGUUUUCUUCGAGCUAAGGCAAUAGGUCUGAUGCCCAUGAUCGAUCAGGGAGAGAAAGAUGACAAGAUUAUUGCUGUCUGUGCUGAUGAUCCUGAGUAUAAACAUUACAAUGAUAUCAAGGAGCUUCCACCUCAUCGUUUAGCUGAGAUUAGACGUUUCUUCGAAGAUUACAAGAAAAACGAAAACAAGGAAGUAGCUGUGAAUGACUUCCUAGAUGCAUCUGCAGCGAGCAAGGCAAUACAACGUUCCAUGGAUCUCUAUGCCACAUACAUUGUGGAAAGCCUGAGGAGGUAAGGCUCAUCCUGAUGAAUACUGAUUCUGAGUAAUUGUUCAUUUUAGCCGAACUACACAACAUAUCUUCCUGCUGCUGCUUUUACAUGGUGAUCAUAUUUUAUAUGUAUAAGCAGACAGUUCGUUUAGGUGUUGAAUGGUUUUCUUAAGAGUAAGCAGUCUUCCUUAGAUGGAUAUUAUAUCUCCUGUCAUGCAGUUGUAUGAACGGUAUUUACUAGAUUUCAAGCAUAUUGAAUUGCUCUU